UGAUUUUUGCAGCGCUACUCUUUAUUCUCCGUCCCAUCUUUUGCUAAGUUUUAAGCACACAUGGCUUGGCAGGGUGUGAAAACGCUAAUUCUGGUUUUGUGUUGCAUUGAUUUGGCUCUAUCACAGGGUUCAACGCCGAUCUCUACUUUAGAUCCUUCUUCAAGCGUAGAUGAUGAUUAUUCUGGUGUUGAAGCUGAUCACUCAGAAGUGGCAACUCAAGACAGUGUACAGGUGAUGAAAUCAAAACUGGCAGUUUACUGUAACAAUGGUACUAUGAAAGUGAUUUUGCCAGCUGGUUCUCUCAGUCAGGUUAAGAUUUUGGGUGUUUCAGUAAUUGAAUCUGUGCUUGGGGCCCCAGCGGCCUGUGGAUACUCGCUGACACAAGGCCAUGGCCAAAAUAUUUUGGUUGUUGACUACGCUGGCUGUCAUGUUAUCUUGGAGAAUGGCCAUUACACUCUGAGGGUCCUCUAUCCAGAUGAAGACGGACAGUUGGAUGUCGCAACGGUGUCUUGUGAUGCAAACCAAAGUCUCACUGCUUCCCUAAAACAUCUGAGUGUGCAGUCAGAUCAGAUGCCAGUUUGUGCAAAACUGCCCCCGACACAACCUUCCCAGUCAUCACCUCCCCUUUCCCUACCAUAUCCACUGCUGCUGAACAGCACACCGGGAGGUGAACACGAAACUCUUGUGUACAGCUCACUUUUGCUCUAAAGCUGCUGUGCUUUU